AUGCCAUACAGCGCUAUUACAGCUGUCAUUAUUUUCUGUCUGUGUGACUCGGGGUGCUUUGUCCACUCGCUGAGCCACGUUGAACGGUACGAUGUAGUGAGACCCCGCCAGUUAAACCACAGGAGCCGGCGGAGCAUCACUGCCCAGGCACCUUUUGACAUGGAAUCACAAGGCCAAGAAAAAUAUCCCGAGGAGCUUCGUUAUCAGUUAUUCUUUGAUGGAAGUAAUUAUACAGUUAAUUUGGAGAAGAACAGAUUUCUUCUUGGACCUAAUUACACCGAAAUAUAUUAUCGAGUAGAUGGAUCGCCAGUGAGCACAUAUCCAAGACUUAAGGACCACUGUUAUUAUCAUGGCCACAUUCAUGGAAUGGAGGACUCAUCGGUCAGUGUAGGAGUCUGUAGUGGAAUGAGGGGUUUUCUGAGAGCUGAGAAGCAGGUCUACCUCAUUGAGCCCUUGGGUGAAGACACUGAAGGAGACCAUGCCCUCUAUAAGCAAGAACACUUGAAGAUGAAGACAAGUUCAUCUGGAAACAUCACCCUUUAUGACAAAGAGCCCAGAGUAGCAGCCUCCUUCAAACGAAAUAGCUGGAAGACGAUGUCCCCAUUUAACAUCCAGAGAUAUGUAGAAAUGUUUCUGGUGGUGGACUAUGAUGAAUAUAAAAACUUUGGCUCCAACACUGAUAUAAUACGAGGAAGGAUGAUGGAAGUUGUGAAUCAUAUUGACAAGCUGUACCGUCCACAUAAUAUCCGUGUGAUGCUGGUGGGUUUGGAGUUGUGGACAGUGGAAGACCAAAUCCAGGUGAGCGUGAGCUCUGACGACACUCUCACCAGAUUCAUUGAGUGGCGCCAGAACAACCUGCUCAGGAGGGUCAAGCACGAUAAUGCACAAUUCGUGACUGGAAUUGAUUUUUUGGGAGACACUGUUGGGUUAGCGAACAAAAACGCGAUGUGUGCUGGAGGUUCAGGAGGGGUCAAUCAGGAUCAUAACAAGAAUCCCAUGGGCUUGGCUUCAACAAUCGCACAUGAAAUGGGCCACAACAUGGGCUUGUCCCAUGAUGCAUCGCACUGCACCUGUGGCCCAUCAAUGCUCGACACCACCUGCAUCAUGACUGAACGCGUGGGCAACAAGUUUCCAGAGCUCCUCAGUGACUGCAGUGUGGAGCAGCUGAGUGUGUUUCUGGAGAACGCCAACCCCAGCUGUCUGCUGGACAGGCCAAUCUCAGACAGGCUGUACGGGGGGCCCGUCUGCGGUAAUGCAUUCCUGGACCCGGGGGAGGAAUGUGACUGUGGAACAGCAGAGGAGUGUGAGAACCCAUGCUGUAAUCCCAAAACAUGCAAGCUGACGGAAGGAUCUCAGUGUGCAGAGGGAGAGUGCUGUGAAAACUGCCAAAUAAAACCAGCAGGGAGUCUGUGUCGGGCCUCGGCGAGUGAGUGCGAUUUGGAGGAGUAUUGUACAGGACAGUCAGAGAGGUGUCCAGAUGACAGCUUCCAGAUGAACGGCUUACCCUGCAGUGCUACGCACAGCUACUGCUACGAUGGCCACUGCCCCUCCCUUCUACAGCACUGCCAGCGGCUAUGGGGGAAAGAUGCCCAAGUGGCUAUGGAUAAAUGUUUUCAUAGAAAUACAUUAGGGAAAAAUGAUUCCCACUGUGGCAGGACCAAAGAUGGCUACAAACCCUGCGCAAAUGAAGACAAGUUCUGUGGUACUAUAUAUUGUACGGGAGGAAAUGCAUACCCCGUGACUGGUCUGAAAGCUUCCCUUCUUACGGGAAGUGAAUUUUGCAACAUUGUAGUGGAGAGACUUGAGGGGGACAACUUAAGCAUGGUGCCUACAGGAACAAAAUGUGGCAAGAACAAAGUGUGCUUUGAUCACAAGUGCCAAGAUGUGAAAGUGUUUGGUAGCAGUGAGGAUUGCUCAUCAAAAUGCAGUGGUCGUGGGGUUUGUGAUCAUCAGAACCAGUGCCACUGUGAGCCUGGGUGGGCUCCUCCAAACUGUCAGUUUAAAUAUGGUGACUCGCCUACUGGAAAAGAGAUGUUGAUCAUCGGUGCCUCAACGGCAGCUGCAACUCUUGUACUUCUAGCAGUAGCAUUUAGUUGGAUGUACUGUAAAAGGUCAAAGGUCAUCGGCUCCAAGUGUAAAAAGAAUAGGCCAUCGUAUCCAGGCCAGCUGAAUCCUCUCUUUGAGAGUGCUGGGGCACAAAGAGGCAUUUUAAAGGACCAUCCCCAGAUCAGCCAGCCUACUUUCAUAGGGACAACCGCUACCCAGGCCAGCAGCCCCCUUAUGGUCCGUGUCGUCCCCACGCGGCCACCCCCGCAACCUCCUAAAAAACAAGAGCAUCAGGCCCAUCAGCAGGCAGGGCCCAUGUCAUCACACACGCAGAGGAAACCUGAGUCUCCUCCGAAUCCUUGGCCUCCUACUGAUGUGAAACAGGUGAGCAGACCGGCCCGCCCCCCUGUGCCUCCAGCAAAGCCCACUGUAUUGGCAGGGAAGCAGCAGGUCAGAGCACCUAAUCUGACUGGGGAAGCUGUAGUAAAGAUUGCACUGAAGCCUCCAACCAUGCCUAGGAGAUGACUCAUGGAGGAAUCAUCGCCUCAAUCAACAGAGCCAUUUUUCUGUCCAUGCAGCAGCCUCGGGACUUGGGCAUGACUAAUAUCAUGCCUGUGAAGUGCCGGCGGAUGACGCGGAGGAAGUGGGUCUCUCUGCUGCCGUGAUGUUGGUGCACAUCCUUCAGUGCAACAAGGAGGAUUAUGUUGAAUUAUGCUUGAAAUGUUUCUUCGUACUCCUUUGUACUUGAAUUCACAUGGAAAUUACAAAUAGAAUUGCACAACCUUUUUUUAAAAAGUGAAAUUACUUCUUUUUUUUUUUUUUUUAAAUGAAUGAAUUUUAUUGAACAAACUUGCACUUUUUAGCAGUCCAGAGGCUUUCUUUGAGUUUUCACAGACAGGUUGACAUAACAUAUUUAUAUCUGUAUGCACUUAAUGCUUUUGUAUUAUUUCCCGUUAAGUGUUUUGUAUACUUUUUAAAUUAAAGUGAUGUGUCUUAAAUAGUUAA